UCGGUAGUGAACGGACGUGUGCUUUCGCAGUGAAAAAUCGGCAUCGGCAGCGCGAAACGAAAGAAUAUUGGCAACAAACUUGUUUGAAUCAAAUGGCCAAACACAAAUAUCAACAAGGGGCAAAAGGAUAAAUAGCUAUAGCUGCCUCUGAAGCCCGGCACGUGCUAAGCGAAAAUGCAGAAAUAAUACAAUACUAAGUGCAAACUGAUAGGCACACCAUCACACCAGCAGCAUCCGAACGAGCCACUGGUCACGCAGCCGGGUGAGCAGCAAAAAUCCCACAAAAAAGGCGAAAUAAGAUCACAAGAAGCCAGAGCGAACGAAUUGGAAACCACUGCGAUGCGUAGGCGGCGUGGCACGCCCAUGGGCGUUAGCUGCACCAACUGCGCCCUCCUCCUGGCCACCGGUCUGCUGGUGGUGCUCAUCUCGGUGCAUGCCAAGAGCCCGCGGCCAACGGGAGGCCACUCGGUAUCCGAGGAUCUGAUGGCGGUUAAAGAGAGAGACGCUGAGCCACAGGUAUCCAGGGAGAUGGAUGUGGAGGAGGAACGGGAGCGUGAGCAUCACCAUCACCACCGGCAAUUCGACGCAUAUCUGGGCACGAUACGGCGACUCCGACGGCCCUACCGCAGCAAAUACACCAUCGAGCAGCUGAUGCGCCUGCAUGUGACACCAAAGGUAUCCGGAGACAUUGACAUGGAUCCCUGCAAGGCCGGCGGCUUUAUGGGCGACAUUGCCCUACCGGACGGUGACUCCGGACCACCGGUGGUGGCCCACACGCCCAUCGACGACGAGGAGCAAGAACGCCAGGAGGUCGAGGAGCUGCUGUCAGAUGCGCCAGACAACAGGGGCAGCGACCCCGCUUCCGUUUCCGCUCAAAGUCCCGGCCCGGUCAAGUUCAAUGCCACCUUCCAGAUGGAUCUAGAGAAGCUUAAGCAGGAGGUCUACCACGAGGGCCUGCAGGUGGAGGAGGAGGGCCUGACCGACAUCAUUCGCAAAAAGACAAAGUUGCCGAGCACAGUUCCGGUGAACUUGACAGCCGGACAGGGUCAAUUGCAGAGUCAGGUGAGUGAGAGUGCCAAUGAACCGGUAAAGCCUGGCUCCCAAUCUCCCUCGGAUUACGCCCAACCGUCCAGUUACAAGAACGAGGUGGUGCCUUUGUUCGAGCGACGCAAUUUGGCGGCCAAGCCUGCCAGGCUUGUCCUGGCCGAGACCGCCUCCAAGUCUGGCAACAAGACAAUGCUGCAUCGCAAUGUGGACACGCGGAAGAUUCAGUCGGAUAACAAGGACAUUGAGGAUGACUCGGGUAAUAAUUUUGUGGCGGAACGCAGGCAGUCACACAUCCUGCCCACCUCACUGCCCGAGCAGCGUUCCACUCUGCCUAAUGUGUACAGCAAUGCCGGUGGCAACGGGAUGCAGUUGGACGACGAGGUGGACUUCCUGCACUCGCGGGGCGUGGUACGUAGGCGGCACAGGCGAGGACCCAAGCAUCGACGUAGCAACCAGCAUGCCGAGCACGAGGCCAAGCUGCAACGAUUACGGGAGGAGCUAAGCCGUCCGGUGGGCGAGAGACAUCACCACGGCGAGCACAAUAAGCAUCAUCAGCGGCAGGAGCAGCUGCACCAUCAUGGCCACCAAAACACGCCACGCAAGAAGCACCGAGCGCAUCGCCAACACCGUCGGCGUGGUCAGAGCACCACGCAGUAUGUGAACCAUUCUCCGCCGGCAUUCAAUCAAUCUACGCCCGAAAUGGAUUUGGAAAUGGGAAAAGCGGAGAGUCACCACGACCAGGGUGCGGAGGAGAAGGAGAAGGAGCAGCAGCGCCAUCGAGUAGCACGCGCUGUCACCGCCAAAAAGGAACGCAUUUGGGAUUACGGUGUCAUUCCCUAUGAGAUCGAUGGCAACUUUAGUGGAAUGCACAAGGCGCUCUUUAAGCAGGCAAUGCGCCACUGGGAGAACUCCACCUGCAUCAAGUUUGUGGAGCGGAAUCCGGAGAUACAUCCCAAUUACAUAGUCUUUACUGUUCGUAGUUGCGGUUGCUGCUCCUUUGUGGGCAAACGCGGCAAUGGACCCCAAGCCAUUUCCAUUGGUCGUAAUUGCGACAAGUUUGGCAUUGUGGUCCAUGAACUGGGCCAUGUGGUGGGCUUCUGGCAUGAACACACGCGUCCGGAUCGGGAGAAGCAUGUCGUCAUCGAGCACAAUAACAUUAUGAAGGGUCAGGACUAUAACUUUAACAUGCUCUCCCCAGAUGAAGUGGACUCUUUGGGCAUGGCCUAUGACUAUGAUUCCAUCAUGCAUUAUGCCAGGAACACCUUCUCCAAGGGCACUUACCUGGACACUAUCCUGCCCAUCGAGAUGAAGGGUCGCAAGCGUCCGGAGAUUGGUCAGCGAUUGAGGCUCAGUCAGGGGGACAUUGCCCAGGCCAAUCUGCUGUACAAGUGUCCCAAAUGUGGACGCACCUUCCAGGAGAGCACAGGAAUCUUUGCCUCGCCCUCUUACUACACAGCCGGAGCCCUGACCGAUGAGACGGAGCACUGUGAGUGGCGGAUAACAGCCACCUACGGGGAGCGAGUGGUCCUUAAACUAGAGAAUAUGAACAUCUUCAAGUCGAACAAUUGUGAGACUGACUACCUGGAGAUCCGUGAUGGUUACUACGAGAAGUCACCACUCAUUGGACGCUAUUGCGGCAAAGUGGCCAACGAUGAGAUCCGCACUGAAUCCAGUCGCAUGCUCCUCACCUACGUCAAUACGCAUCGCAGUGAAGGUUACCGCGGCUUCAAUGCAGAGUUCGAUGUUGUUUGCGGCGGUGAACUGUCCGUGGACGAUGCCGUUGGUCGCUUGGAGUCACCCAAUUACCCGCUGGACUAUCUGCCCAACAAGGAAUGCGUGUGGAAAAUAACUGUGCCCAAAGGCUACCAGGUGGCACUGAAAUUCCAGUCCUUCGAGGUGGAGAACCACGACAGCUGUGUCUACGACUACGUUGAAGUGCGCGACGGACCCGAGCAGGAUUCUCCGCUAAUUGGGGUUUUCUGUGGCUACAAGCCGCCGCCGAACAUGAAGUCAGGUGGCCAUUCGAUGUACGUGAAAUUCGUGUCGGACACAUCGGUGCAAAAGGCGGGUUUCUCGGCCGUGUUCAUGAAGGAGGUGGAUGAGUGCGAGACCCAGAACCAUGGCUGCGAGCACGAGUGCAUCAACACGCUGGGCGGCUAUGAGUGUAGCUGCCACAUUGGCUAUGAGCUGCACAGUGACAAGAAGAAGUGCGAAGAUGCCUGUGGCGGCGUUAUCGAGUAUCCCAAUGGCACCAUCACCUCGCCCUCAUUUCCCGAAAUGUAUCCUCUGAUGAAGGAGUGCAUCUGGGAGAUUGUGGCCCCGCCAAAGCACAAGAUAUCGCUGAACUUCACCCACUUUGAUCUGGAGGGCACGGCGCAUCAGCAAUCGGACUGCGGCUAUGAUUCGGUGACCAUCUACUCCAAGCUGGGCGAGAGUCGUCUGAAGCGUAUUGGUACCUUCUGUGGCAGCGCCAUACCACCCACAGCCACCUCGGAGAGCAAUGCCCUGCGGGUGGAAUUCCAUUCGGACAAGUCCAUCCAGCGCUCCGGUUUCGCGGCUGUCUUCUUCACGGACAUUGACGAGUGUGCCAUGAACAAUGGUGGCUGUCAGCAUGAAUGCCGGAAUACGAUCGGUUCGUAUAUCUGUCUGUGCCACAAUGGCUACUCCCUGCACGAGAACGGGCAUGACUGCAAGGAGGGUGAGUGCAAGUACGAGAUCUCUGCUGCCUUUGGCACCAUCUAUAGUCCCAACUAUCCGGAUUCCUAUCCGCCAAAUGCGGACUGUGUGUGGCAUUUUAUCACCACGCCGGGACACCGCAUCAAGUUGAUAUUCAACGAGUUUAAUGUGGAGUCGCAUCAGGAAUGCACCUAUGACAAUGUGGCUAUAUAUGAUGGCGAAUCCGAUUCCAGCUCCGUGCUUGGACGCUUCUGUGGUGACAAGAUUCCCUUCCCCAUAUCCUCGACCACCAACCAGAUGUACAUGGUUCUCAAGACGGAUAAAAACAAGCAGCUCAACGGAUUUAUGGCCAUGCACUCGACCUCUUGUGGUGGUUUCUUGCGCGCCACCAGUAAUGUGCAGCAGUUUUACUCUCAUGCCCGCUUCGGUAACCAGGACUACGAUGACAGCAUGGAUUGCGAGUGGACCAUUGAGGCGCCACAGAAUAGCAAUGUGCAGCUUAUAUUCCUCACCUUUGACAUCGAGAGCAGCGAGAAUUGCACCUAUGAUUAUGUGCAGGUCUUCUCGAAUAUGGAGGACACCAGUGGACCCAUGUACGGGCAGUACUGUGGCAAUGUGCUGCCCCAGGACAUCAUCUCAAUGACCAACUCCCUUCUAGUUCGCUUCAAGACGGAUGGCUCUGUGCCGAUGAAGGGUUUCUCCGCCUCCUAUGUGGCCGUGGAUCCCUUCGAGAACAGCGACGAGGAGGAUGUGGAAAACUCCUACAGCUCCGAGGUGAUUACCCCGUUCCCAGGUUCGCUCAAGAGCAUGUACAUCGAGGAUACCGAGGAGGCGUACGAGUAUGCCGAUUUCAGUGGGAAUCAGUUGGUCCUGAAUGGACAAUAUCGGGGAAGAUAUAGUCUGCCGAAUCGAUACUACGCUGGCAAUGCAUAGAUCGGCAGAGUUGGCUGAGACGCCGAGAACGCGCGUAAAAUUCAUGACAAUAUAUUAAAAACGGAAUUUAUUUAACAGAUUUAGGCAUAUCGUCGCGUACAUAAAAGCAGAUUUUCUCUCGCUCUUCCAUGCACUCGAGGACAUAAUCAAGGACCUCGAUCCAAUAUUAGUUUUAGGCAUUCGAAGUCUAGAAUUCAUAUGCGGUGGCAAUUACUUAGACCUAUUGAAUACAUGUAAUGUACUUUCGAUUAGACUAGACUCUCCUCUAGACUCUGUAGCUAAAUGUGCAAUUUCCUUCUGCAUUUCUGUAGCAUUUCUUUCCCUCCCCUCGUUUUCCAAUCUACAUACAUAUAUAUUUCUUGUGCCAUAUUCGAUGGACCAGCGCAUUUCGUAUAUUUCCGUUAAGCAUUUUAGCAUAAGUCGAUGGGCGACAGCAAACCCAUAUCAAAAUCGAAACGGAAGCUAGGCUAGAGAUACACAGAGAUUACAUAUCCACACAGCUGGGAGUCCUUGCUCAUGGGAAUCCCUACACACACGCACACACAUUAUAUGUACAACUCUCGGAUAUUUGACUCAACUUAAUACGUAAUUAAAUCUAUAAAUAUAUACUAUUAAAACUUG